AUGAUUUUCGAACGCUUACCUAGCGAGUUACAGCUCAUGGUGAUGAGCUAUCUCGAUCCACCUACACUGUAUGCCAUGGCACAAGUCAACACAGUGUGGAACGCAUAUGCUGUCGAUCAGCUUUGGGCACAGCCUCCUGAAAAAGCAUUGACACAUAUCGCUGCCAUGGUUCCCAAGUCGAGACGUCGAGUCCUUGCAAACAAAGUCCGGAAACUAUCCCUGCGGGGAAGCGAGCCUAGUUUCCAAGAAGUGAAGUUCGGAUCACUCAGGUCACUGAGUUUCGUAGGAUCGGAUCACGUAAAUCCUGCAUCGUUCAUUCAACCGUCACUGCGAUCUCUUGGGUACUGGGGCGACCACACCUUUACUGACAAGUCAAUCAGUCUUGUCCAUCGAAGAUGCCCUGAUCUUCACUCCCUCCGGGUGUACGACCCCAGUCUCACCAAUUCCGCACUGCUUGUAAACUUCCUGCAGACCCGUCGUUGUCUUAAAUUGCUAGAUCUGUACGAACUCGACCAACGGAUCGUCGACGAUGUCCUAGCAGGUUUGGUGGGGCCUAUCUCAGAAACGCUCGAGGACCUCAGACUUCACGGUCCGUUGGAUCAUGUCAACCCAUCCCAUCUAUUGCAAUUCGUUCAAUCGACAAGGGUACUUCGAAAGGUCAGCGUGAGCCAUCUUCCUUCCGAUAUAAGCGAGCUUUUGUCUGCUUUAUGUGAUCUUGACUCCCUACAGGAGUUAGCGCUUGGCCACUGGAUCACGUUUGAACAUCUCGCCUUCCUAGAUCAACAACAGUGUAAUAUCUUGCCCUUCAGAAACGUCCGAGAUCUUAACUUGAAUGGCGAUGCACAGGCCUUAUCACGACUCCUAAGCUCUCGCUCGAUUACCGUUUUGAAGCUAGAGGUCCAACAUCCAAACGAAAGUUUUUACACAGCCAUAGGCAAUAUGGUUCAGCUGACAAAACUCGACCUCACUCUGCCACCCUCCGAGAAUGUUGGUCAAGAAGACCUUGGAAAGCUUCGCAUGCUUCGGAGGCUCCGGCGCCUGAGGAUGUCAAAGCCAUAUGAUAGCCAAGUUUUGGAAGAGCUGCAGCUACCUUGGAUGACCGAUUCCCUAUUUGAGGAGUUUGUUGCAAGCUAUCCCCUGCUCGAGCAGCUCCUUUUACACUGGGACGUGGGCGAUCAACUUACUGAGGCCGCUAUUGGUGGUCUUGCAAAGUCCUGUCCCAGGCUGAAAGACAUGACACUUAGGUGGAAUCACAAUCUCGAAGACUGGUACAAACUUAAGCAUCCACUAUUUCCACGAAUGGAAUGGCCUAGCCUAGGUAGCAUAUGCGAGUUCCCUGCUAGCAGAUAUAAUGAGGCCCUUGAACGAGCCGAGCCAUUUGCAGCUAUGUUACGGUCUUUAAUGCCCGUCAUGACAAGGAUCUACAUCUCCUCGGAUUCACUCUCAGCCGCUGCACUUUGCAACACACUAUUCCCCGGAAGUGUGACGGUGAGAGAUCCGGAAGACAGUGAUUGGUAA